AUGCGAGCUACCGAUCGUGGGCAGAUAACCUUUACUCCUCUUCCCAUCGUUGGCACGGGUGUGCAGCAGAUACAGGCGCCGGUGGAGUGGGACAAAUGUCCACCAAAACACCCUUACACCGCCGAACAAGAGAAUGACUCAAAAUGUGGCCCGGACCCAUUCAAAGGAAAGAACUAUCAGUGCAAGAAAGGAGUAUGCUGCGGACCUCAAGGGGAGUGCGGAAAGGGCUGGGAGUAUUGCAACGAAGGCUGUCAACCGAAUUGGGGAUUUUGCUGGAAGAACUCGACGUCGUGCAACGCCCCCGACCCGCCUUCCGAAUCCGGUGAAAAGCAUAGUGUGGAAAUAUUUCCAGUGUGGUAUGAUGCUCCAGAACCACCUCCUCCAGACUUUCCGUGGCCACCAGUGUGGUUCAUCGAACAUAGCGGCUCGGCUUCUGAUGAUGUCGGAUGUGGGUUCUGUCCUCCAGGAUUCUCCCUUGAAUGGGCGUUCGGCAUCAAAGGGGAGAGCACUCUGAUGGGACUUCUGCUGGAUAUGACAGACUGCGAGACUACGCCGUCCGAGGAGGGAGAAGACGAGUGUGAUCCAAAGCUGACUGUCACGGACAAGACAAUAUACUGCGACCUGGUCACCAACACCGCCGGCCAGUCAUCAGAGACUUGCACUUCAACCGCCAAGGGCACGAGAACGGGAUGCGAGGUAACUCCAAAAACGACAACAGUAACGACUACGGCCUGCGAAACGACGACCGCGGAGCACACAUCUGUGUUCUGUAGUGUUCAAACGGGUGGUUCUGGAGCGCAUGCGACUUCUAGCCAGACUUGCAGCAGCACGGUUAAGACCGUCAGCGGCUGUAGCGUGACCAAUUCGGUCACGGCAGAAACCACAACUGGCUGCAGUACUGGCACCGCAGUUAUAACUUCAGCUUUCUGCUCGGUUCGAACCGGAGCCAACGCGACUACGACGGACUGCCCGUCUACAGUAUACACCACCUUUACUGGCUGCGAUGCUUCUGGGAGUAUCACGACUGAUUUGACGACCACGUGCUCUACCUACAACACGGUCACAGAUGUUACGGAGAAAUGCUUCGGACAUAACAGCACACACGUUCCAACGGUCAUCAACGGGGUCACUACAACGCCAGACAUAACAUGUACGGCAACGAGAACAAGCGUACAUUCCGGGUGUGAUAUUUCGGCAAGCACAACAACGUCAAUCAGCUAUUCGGAGCUAGUAUGCGAGCUCUCGGAGACGGCGCCUUACAUCCAGGUAGUCCCUGAGACUCCGGGCGGUCAACAAUGGCCGAUUACUUUUGGCGUUAAUGCCACAGAGUCCGAAGGUUCGGCAACUCCAGCUCCAGGAGACGCAAUCUCAGAGCCGACCACGUCUGCCGUGGCCAGCGCAACAUCGUCAAGCUCAAUUGCCUGUGCAGCGCCAAGCGUCGCCUCAUUACCAGAAUGUACUCCUAUGGUGGCGCCGGAAUUCAACGAGCCCAUCACUGAGAUGUUCGGACCAAAUGAAAGUGGAUCGACAACCGCUACGGCCGCGAAAGCCCGACGUCAAGUUGACUCGGGCGCUGGAAAUGGCGAGACGGUGACUACAGGUCCGAUUUCAUGCUACUGUGGCACAGAUCCGUCGCUCACGAACGUCUGGCCUGUCAGCAUGUGCAGUACUCUGUUGUGUCCAAACCAACCUGCUUCAUGGCAAGCGCAAAAAGGCAGUGCCACACAGUUGACAGUCGAUGCGAAUGCCAAUAUCGUUUCCUCUGCUUCGAGUACGGCGAUGCCAAAGACUUCUGCUACAGGAGCCCCCGACGGCAAGAGAAUCGCGGGCCGUAUGAACGAUGGUGGGCCGUUUUUUGGAGUGGGAUCGUGGCUCGGAAAGUGGUUGAAAUGGUAG